GAAGAGAAAGCGUUGCUACAACUGAGAGCUGCCCUCCCUUUCGCGCUGGCGUCCUUGACAGCCGAGCAAAGCAAACGUCAAAGUUUGUUUAAUAAUCGCCUGGGUAUAAAUAUGCACCAGUGCUCUGAGUAGCGCCAGGAGGGGCACCCUAAGGGGCCGCGGAUGCAGGCUCCUGAGGGCAGAGGAACACCUCCCCUCCCCUCCCCUCUUCCCCUUCCCUGCCCUUUCGCAUCCCGAGGCUGCAGGUGCUGAAGACCUGGGGGCAUAAAGAAUGGAAACACCUUCUGGGUUCUAAGGCCCCCUCCCCCCCAUUUAGGGAGAAAACCUCUUUCUUGCCCUCUGCCUUCCCAAAAUUGACAUCACCAUACAUCUGCAAAAACCAAGGGAGCAGCCAUGGCGGACAGCCUAAGAAGAUUAGUUAACAACGAAUGCUGUCGGACGUUGCAGGAGAAAUUGGAGACCUGGUACAAGGAUUACUAUAUGAACUCAUGUGAUCAAAACUUGAAUUGUUGCUGUGAAAUAAUUGAACUGAAUUCCAGAAUACAGGGGCAGCUCUUCACAAUCCUCAGUCUAACAGCACAAGAAGGUGGACAUUAUGCCGGUGUGGAAACAAUCAAAUCUCGACUUCUGCCCUGGCUAGGGACUUGUUUCUCCAAUUCUUCUAUAGGAAAACCCAUUGACAACAACAUAAGCCUUUUGCAGGUAGAGUCACUUGAAAAGGACCGACAGCUACGAGAACUUUCUGCUACUCGGGAACGGGAGAUACAGCAGUUAGAUUCAGAAUUGAAUUCAACUCGUGUACAGCUCAGCAUGGUUCAACAAGAUCUGACAGAAACUGAGAUGGAUCUUGAAGACACCAAGACCAGAUCAGCUACAGCCCUUUUGGCUGCAGAGGAUGAAAUAAUUCAUCUAAGGAAGCAGCUCAAGUCUCUUCAAGCCCAGGAGGAGUCCCGCCAGCGCAGCUUGGAUAUGCUAACUGACUAUGAACGACAACUUCGGACCCUGAAGGAUGAGAUUGCUGUUCUGUCUGCGGAAAAAUCUGUUCUUCAGAGCAGACUCUCCAGGAGCCGGUCUCCUAGCCCUGUUUCCCAACGCAGCAGGUCUUGCAGUCCCAUUCAGAAAGAGCUGACCCAAUCAUCUCUAUCCUCACCUCUAUCAGGCAGGCUGAGCUCGGUCUCUCGGAAAGCUAAUCUCCUGGCCCGUUUCAGUGAUGCAUAUGCUCAAGCCCGCCUAGAGGCACAAAACUUGCUCAAGAGAUAUAUUGAUAAGAUGGAAACAGUGCAGAGGAUCAUCUAUAUUGCCACAGUGGAAUCUUUCCACGUAGCUAAGAUGGCCUUCAGACACUUCAAAAUACGUGUGAGGAAGACUUUAACCCCAAGUCAUGUCGGGGCGGAAUCUCUUGAGGACGUUGUCAUGGAUUACAUAAUUUGUCAUCUUGAUUUAUAUGAUGUUCAAAGCAGUGUUAACGAUGUGAUUCGUGCCAUGAAUGUGAACCCCAAGAUUUCUUUUCCACCUGAAGUUGACUUUGUUGUUAUCAGCUGCUUCAUCAAGGAGAUAUGCUGCAUUGCAUUUGCAAUGCAGACUUUGGAUCCUCCCCUAGAUAUUUCAUUUGGUGCUGAUGGAGAGAUUUUUAAUGAUUGCAAGUAUCGUCGCAGCUGUGACUCUGACUUCACAGCUCCCUUGGUCUUCUAUCACGUGUGGCCUGCUCUGAUGGAGAAUGAAAUUGUCAUUAUGAAGGGAGAAGCUGUCACCAAGAGAGGGGCUUUUUGGUCAUCUGUGAGAAACAUCAACCGAAGUAGGAGCAGAAGUCUAAGCCCUGUCCAUCACCGUGGUUGUUCGGGUAAAAGCGGGGUAUCAAGAAGUCGAAGUCCUUCUCCACCAAGAAAUAUAAAUACAAGGUUUUAAGUUGACUGGAAGUAUUUCUUUGCUCCUGUACAUCUGGACAAAUCAACUUCAGUGGUGCUUCCAUCUGUUCUAAGAGUUCUUCAAACCUCACUUAAGAUAAUGUGAAUGACAAUUCUGUAUCACUCUAAGGGGAGAGUUAAAUUUUUUUUUGGCUUAGUGUGGUUUUGAUAACUUUAGACAUACUUCUUUAUAUAUAUAUAUAUAUAUUUUUUUUAAAGAAAUCAAUUCAAUUAAUUUGAUACAAAUGCAUAGGUGUUUAUGAUCAUAUUCAUUUGAUGCACAGUUUCAGGGACUCCAUCCACAAACACCAUACUGUAUUUUAAUAAAUUCCAGAAACAAAGGUAAAAACAUCUUAAUUAAUCCAUGUUUAGCUAAUACUAAAAAACACAACACAGCACAGAACAUUUAAUUUCAUGGUCUGGACAUAAACAUCACAUGUGAUCAGACUAAUUUUAACUUUAAAACAAAAUAUUGUCAUUGCCGCUUUUUUGGUUUUGGUUUGCCUUUUGGGAGAUAGCAUUAUCUUAGGUUAUGAAAACUUUCAUUCUAUCCCUAGAGAUAUAUCUUGUUUUAAAUGUGAAAAGGUUUUAACUAAGGGGAUCUGUUAUUAUGCUCCUCUAUGCCUUGUACUCCAAAGGAUAAGUACCAGGUCAUGAGAAUUACUUUACUUAUUAAAUCCUGAUUGUCACUGAGUGGGGAAAUCUGUCAGUUAGUGUUCAUCAGCCCUAAUCUUUGUAAUUAAAAAGUAAUUAAAUUAAUCUUUGGGAUUGCUUUGCUUUGUGCCAAUGCAUACCUGAAAUUUGAACAUACUUACUUGAUAUGUGUUCAUUAGUGUUUCUGUUUAAAUGCAAA